ACGCUAAUCGUCGCUUAUCACCCCUUUUCUUUUCCCUUCCUUUUCACUUCUUUUUUUUUUUAUCUUAUUUUUUAAUUUUCCUUUUUCUUACUAUACACAUAGGAGUAGUUUUUUUUUUUUUUUUUUUUUUGUUUUUUUUGAUCCUAAUUCUUUAUUAAAAGAAAAAGGUUAGUUGAUUAUUAUAAUUUUAAUUAAUAAGAGAAAAAAUGGGGAUUAAAGAAUGGAAGGAUAGCGAAAGGUUGGAAAGUAAUUAUCUUAGUGAUUCGGAAUCAGCAUUGAUGAAAGAAGAAUGGAGGAAUGAAGAAUAUGAUGAUGAAGACGGGUCAAUUACUAUGGUGCUUUUUAGUACUUGCGUCGCUGUUUGUGGUUCUUUCAUCUUCGGAACCUGUGUUGGAUAUUCAGCACCUACACAAUCAGCUAUUAGGGGAGAUCUUAAUCUAUCUCUUGCUCAGUACUCAACAUUUGGGUCAACAUUAACAAUAGGUGCAAUGCUUGGUGCCAUCAGUAGUGGUCCAAUUGCUGAUUUUAUUGGUAGAAAAUGGGCAAUGAGGAUGUCAGCUGGUUUCUGCAUGGCAGGCUGGCUUGCUCUCUAUUUUGCCACGGGAGCAAUGACAUUGGACAUAGGAAGGCUAUUCGGUGGAUAUGGAAUUGGAGUUCUUUCCUAUGUGGUUCCUAUUUUUAUUGCUGAAAUAGCACCAAAAGAGCUAAGGGGAGGCCUUACCACUCUAAAUCAGCUUAUGAUCGUUACAGGAUCAUCUAUCACAUUUUUGAUGGGAUCAAUUAUUUCUUGGCGUGUUUUAGCAUUGGCCGGUCUAGUGCCAUGCAUUGCACUACUUUCAGGCUUGUUUUUCGUACCUGAGUCCCCUCGAUGGCUCGCCAAAGUUGGUCGUCAAAAACAGUUUAAGCUCGCUUUAAGAGUACUCCGAGGCCAAAAUGCUGAUAUUUCUCGCGAAUCAGCUGAAAUCGAGGAUUACCUUGUGAUACUCAAAACCCAACCGAAAGGUGGUGUGCUCGACUUAUUCCAGAGCAAGUACAUUCGAUCUGUUAUUAUUGGAGUAGGAUUGAUGGUAUUUCAACAAUGUGUUGGAAUAAAUGGAAUAGGAUUUUAUGUGAGCCAAACCUUUGUUGAGGCAGGGCUGUCUUCAGGCAAACUAGGAACAAUAGCCUAUGCUAUUGUCCAAGUCCCAAUUACCCUUGUUGGAGCAGUCCUUAUGGACAAAUCGGGAAGAAAGCCUCUUGUCAUGAUUUCCGCCAUGGGAACCUUUGUAGGUUGUUUCCUUGUAGCUACCGGCUUCUUACUCAAGAGCUAUGGCGUUCUUCUAGACUGGGUUCCGAUAUUGGCAGUUGGAGGUGUCUUAACCUAUAUAUCGGCAUUUUCCAUAGGCUUUGGUGGUGUUCCUUGGGUUAUAAUGUCCGAGAUAUUCCCCUUAAAUGUGAAGGGAGCAGCAGGAAGUUUAGUCGUCUUAGUUAAUUGGUCCGGAGCAUGGCUAGUUUCGUACACUUACAACUUCAUGAUGAAAUGGAGUACUUUUGGCACCUACUACAUCUACGCGGCAUUUUGUAUACUGACAGUCCUAUUUGUUGCGAAAUUUGUACCUGAAACAAAGGGGAAAACCCUUGAGGAAAUACAAGAUUCUAUCAACGCCAAAACCGAUGCAAUUUACUAGCAUUUCUGAUUCAUUACAGCGCACGCACGAGUGUGUUCAUGCUCAUCAACAAAAGGGUGAUCUAGUUUCUAAAUUUGGGGGUGAUCAAUCUAUAUGCAGUAUUGAAGCUUUUACUUGCUAUAUAUAGAAUUAUGUACUAUUUAGUAUCAACAAUGUUAGACACUAGGCUACAUUAUUUGUAGUUGAUUAUUGAAGCAUAUAACACAUUUUGUCGGCAUUGGUUAGAGCAUUUUCAUUUUAUGUUGAGAAAUUAUUUUUUUUGAACAAGGUAGAUGCAAAAAACAAACAUGGGACUUAUGUUCUGAUAGAAGGUCUAAAUUGUAAAAGACACAUAAACUAUAUUUUACAGAUAUAUGCUCAACUGAUACGUAAAACUGUUAUCUCUUGAUACCAAUUGUUGGUGAAAAGUAUAGAUUAGAGAA